AUAUUAAUUUUUCUUAUUAUUUAUAAUAAAUAAUAAGUAUAUAAUUUACUUGAUAAACGAGGUUCGGUUGCUCGGUAGAUUUUUAAAAAGUUUAGUAAGAGACAAUAAAACAAAAGGUUACAAAACUCAGGUGCUUGGCAUUCCACCAAGAGCACUCCUUAACUCAGACAACACUUCAUAAAUGCAUCAGCCUGUUGUAUAUUCAUAGAUAUUUAUGCAAAAUUCAAACUCACUCCCCCCAAAGCUGUAAAUCAAUAUUUUUGCUUUUUUUUUUUCCUUGUGGUUCCUUCUUGUCGGUGCACUCCUUGAUAACAAAGAUCAAGAAAUCUUUUUCUUGGAGUUUUGGUGUUUGUUACUUUUGUCUUUAUCAAGAUAGGGUCAUCUAAGAAUGUGAAGAAUUUUUUUAUUAUCUUUUUUGCCAUUCUCUGAGUUAGUUACAUGAACAAAAGCUUUUUACAUCACCAUGUUAUAAUCCAAGAAAAAAAUCUAUUUAUCACACUACUAUUUCUAAGUUCUGUUAAUGGCAGUACUAAAAGAAACUCUAUUCACACAGCAAAGUUUUCCAACGUUCAUUUUAAUAUCUGUGAAAAACCAAUAAUAUAAUAUGUAUUUAAAACAUUCAUAUAAUUAAUGAAUACAGUAAUAAAUAAUAAAUAAGUGGUGUCUCAGGUUGAGAAUUUUAUUUAAAAUUUCUCAGACUUGCAAAAAUCCCUUGCUCUGGGUUGAGCAUGUUGGACAAAAAGUUGAUUAUUGGCAGAGUUCUGCUCUCUGAGUGCUUUAUUUCCCUCUGGUGUGUGUCUGUGCUUUUGUCUGGCCGAGGUUUUUCUGGAGCACAAAGUGCAGCCCAGUGCUCUGGAGUGAAGCCAGGAGUGUUUUGUGGGAGCUGCCUGCUGGGUUUGCUUCUCUUGGAGCUUUUUCACCAAGUCUGAGUGGGAACCAGAGCCCAGGAGCUCUGAAAUUCCAGAUUUCCUCCAACAUCUCCAGUCAAACCUCUCCCAAGCCCACCAAGGGAGAACUUGGAAAACUUCUCUGGAGAAAAAGGAAAACUUUUUAAACUGCCCAGUUCAUCCAAGAAGGCUUUGAAAAAACUGGAGGUCCUGCAGUCUCUGGAAAACUUAGCAAGACCAAAAGCUGAUGUAACAGAAGAAAAGAAGAAGGACACCCUGCAAAGGAGGGAAAUAAGCCAGGAAGAUGUGCAAGAAACAUGGAGAAAUAUCAUCCAGAUCCAUUUACAAACCAUUCUGGGAGUGCCCUCGUUGGAGGAGGUUCUGCAGCCAGCCCAGAUCAUCCCUGAGUUUGUUGUGUACAACAUGAGCAACACCAGCAGGCACGGGGUGGUGAUCCUGCAGGACAAAGCAGAAGACCUCCCUCACUGGGUGCUGUCAGCCAUGAAGUGCUUGGCCUACUGGCCCAGGAACAAUGACAUGAGCCAAGCCACCUACAGUGGCUUCGAGCGGGACGUGUUCAGAACAGUUGCUGAUUAUUUUCUCAGUCUUCCUGAGCCAUUGCUUACUUUUGAAUACUAUGAUCUCUUUGUUAAUAUCUUAGUUAUGUGUGGCUACAUCCAAAUUCCUGGUCUGGGCAGUGGAAAACGUUCUGUCCAAGAGGAGAAAUGUGACCCUCAGCCUUCAAAAACUCUUCACUUGAACUCUUUCAAGUCCACUGAGUGUCUUCUCCUAAGCCUGCUCCUCAAAGAGUCUGAUGAGAAGGAGGAAGGAGAAGCUUCCAGGUUUUCCUCAGAAGAGCUGGGAGCCCAAAACCAGCAUGGAAAGAAAUGGCAGCAGCACAAAGUGCCACGUCAGCAAGGGAGUGCUGGGAAGCUGAUGGGAGGGAGCUGCCAGAAUCUUGCAGGAUUCAGGAAUGGCCAAGAGCCACCUGCAGCAGUUAGGACAAGGUGUCACUCCUUGGAAAGAAUUGGAGCUGCUGCUUCAAGUGUGUGUAACAAAAGAGGAUGUGCCCCCCUCAGGGGAGGUGCUGUGAGCACCCACAGGAGAAGUGAACUGCUGGAGGAGCAGAGAGUGACCUCAGGGGAGGAGCUGGGCUGGGAGAGCUCAGGUCAAGGCCAGAGGCUGAGCAGAGUGCCUGCCCCACCUCCCUGGGCUGCUGGAGCCAAGGGGACCCUGAGCCUGCUGGGCAGGAGGAGCUGCAGGAGCUGCAGUGCCAUCAACAGAGCCAGCGCUGGGAUCGCAGGGCAGCCCUGGGGGCGAGGCAAAGGCAGCUCCUGUGAGGGCUGGGCCAGCAGCACCCAGAGGCUCUGCAGGAGCAGCACAGACCUGGCACAGAGCACAGCAGCCUCUGUCCCCCCCUCCCCCUGUGUGCUGCCUGGCACAAAUCUGCUGCAGCCUCACCUGGAAAGGAUUGCAGUGGAAGCUCUGCAGAUCUGCUGUUUGCUGCUGCCCCCCCCCAGGCGCAGGAAGCUGCAGCUGCUGCUGAGGAUGAUGGGCAGGAUCAGUGGCAAUGUUGACAUGCCAAGGCUGCACGAUGCCAUGGGCACCAGGUCCCUGCUGAUGCAGACGUUCUCCCGCUGCGUCCUGCGCUCGGCUCAGGAGGAGGAUCUGGACGAGCUCCUUUCCACACGGCUGCUCUCCUUCCUGAUGGACCAUCAGCAGGAGAUAUUCCAGCUCCCAACCUACCUGCAGGUGGCUGUGCAGGAUCACCUGGAGUACCUGAGGAGGGCUCAGUGCAAACAGGAAAAAGAAGAAAUUUGUGCCAUCUUGCCAACGUAUUCCUACUGCAAACAAAUCACUCCUCAGGAGUUUGAAGAACAAAAGGUCUCCACCUCACAGGCUGCAGUGGCAGAGCUCCUGGAGAACAUCAUCAAGGAUAAAAACCUUUCUGUGAAGGACAAAAAGAAAAAGUUAAAACAGUUCCAGAAGGAAUAUCCCCACAUCUACGGGCGCCGCUUCCCCCGCACCGAGUCGGAAGCGCUGCUCCUGGAGCACAAACCCACCAUCAAGCAGCCCAUGCUGAGCCUCAGGAAACCCAAAUUUCACAGCCUCAGGUACUGAUCUCACCUCACCUGAGCCACUGCUCCUGCUGGAAGUCUGAGGGAUUCACCAAAGGAAUUGCUGCAGGAGUUUGGUGGCUGCGCUGCAGAAGGAGGAAAUGUUUACAUGGACACUGUGCUGGAAGUGCCAAAAUAUCUUUUUUUGUUCGGUUGUUUUUUGUGCAGAUACUUUGGUGUAACUUCCAAAAGAAAAAAUAUUUAUCUGUUUACAAAUUUUUACAAUAUAUCAGAGUAAGAAAAUGUGAAAAUACACAAAAUUUAUAUAUGCUUUUUUAUGGGAAACUAAUAAUCUGCCUCUUAUUAUAACCUUUAAAUGUCUGGUGAGGAUUUGUGCUGUUUAUUGUAGUUUUUACAUGUGUAUGUGUUGUGACUAAGUGCCUUUUCUAUUCUCAAAAUGUUUGUCUUUAAACAAAGGACCUUCUAUGAGUUCAGGACCAGGAGAGCCAGUUCACCAUAAAUAAAUGAUUGUCUCGCUCCAUAAAUGUUUCUGUUCGUAUCAUCUGUAAAACCCUCAUCAGCUUUUUGAUAUUUAUUUAUAUUAAAAGACUUGAAGUGUA